UCAAAUGCUCUUUAGCUUAGUCUUAAAUAAACUUUCUGUAGAACUGAACCCCCCUCACCCCCAUGUUAUUUAUCUAUGUAUUAGAACAUAUUUAAUUAAUUAAUAGAAUAUUGGGAUAAAUGUUUACUUAUAACUGUUUUUGAAUAAACAAAUACAAGUGGGGGUUUCUUAAUUUCUGGUUCAAGAAUUGACCAGUGAAGGCAUUGUUGGUAAACCCCAAAUCAACAAUUCAAAUGAUUCUGCUUAUGUUGAGCUUUCAUUUUCUCUGAAGUUGAUUGGUCUCUUGAUUUUUUGUUGUUUAGACUUCACUUUAAGCAACCCCCAUGUUUUGUAUUUCUUCUUUUUUAAUUUUUUUUUCUUAAAUUUCUCUUCUUUGUAACUGUAAUGGGCUUUAUUUCUUCAUCUGGGAUGUUCAAGAAUUGCUUAAAGGAGAAGACUUUGAAUUGAUCUUAAAUGGGUGUGGCUAAAAAUUUGAUCUUUUUGAGGAAAAAUGAUGGGGUUUUGCUUAGAGUUUUAUUCAGCUUGUGGUUCAUCUUUGGUGGGUUUUGUCCAGUAAUGUGCCUCAGGCCUCUCAGGGAAAGAUAUCAAUCGUGGGGCGAUGAGUGGCUUCUUGUUAGAAAGGAUGAAAAUGAAUUGGGGCCAUUUUCUGCUUGGAAUAUAACAGGAACUUAUAGAGGGUCUUGGAGAUUCCUAGAUUCAACAAAUGGCUCUUCCAGGUUUCCUGAUUUUAGGAAGUCCAAUGGCAACUCGGUCCUUGAAUUGAUAAGUAAUCCAACAAAAAUAACUGGUGUACAUUAUGUUCAGGGUGCAAUAAUUUUCCAUGAUGUUUUUGACAAUGAACAUGGAGUUGGUGGUGCUCAAAUCAGAGUAGAAGGUGUAUAUAUAUGGCCAUUCAGACAACUUCGAAUGGUAGCUUACAGUGGCAAAGAUGGUGAGUUUGGGCAGGAAGAUGAUUAUCUAUUGUCGAAUCCAUAUCACUUGCUUGGAGUUUUCUCAUCCCACAUCUUCCAGGAGUCUUCUCGAGAUAAGAUUUGGAAAAAGAAACACUCACCGUUUUAUGAGAUGGAGAAACAUUGUAAUAUUGAAAUUGCUGCAAAAAUUGCUCGUGUCUCAUCCUCCACUAAUGAUGGUGCUCGUGAUCAUUAUCACCUAGAAGGAUUGAUAGAGAGCCCUUCAGUGGAUGCUGACGGAGACUGUUUCUCACCAAUGCUAUUGAAUGCCACCUCUGUCAAUAUAGAGGUUUAUUACAACAAAGCAGUGAACUAUACAUUGAUGGUCACAUUUAUAUCUUUUCUGCAAGUACUCCUCCUUAUUCGACAAAUGGAACAUAGCAACACUCAAUCAGGAGCUGCCAAAGUUUCAAUUCUGAUGAUUGGACAACAGGCUAUCAUGGAUGCUUAUCUUUGUCUUUUGCAUCUGACCGCUGGAAUACUUGUUGAAUCCCUUUUCAAUGCUUUUGCAACUGCUGCAUUCUUCAAGUUUGUUGUCUUCUCGAUAUUUGAGAUGAGAUAUCUUCUCGCUAUAUGGAAAGCAAAUAGGCCAAUGAAUAGUGGAGAGGGUUGGGAAGCAAUGAGGCGUGAACUGUCAGUACUUUACAGCCGUUUCUAUGGGAUUCUUUUAGGUGGUAUAUUGGUCAUGUACGAGUUUCACAAGCUUCUACGCCCUAUUCUUCUCCUUUUACACUCUUUUUGGAUACCUCAAAUUGUAACUAAUGUCAUUCGUGACUCGAGAAAACCGUUGCACCCUCAUUACAUCUUGGGAAUGAGUAUAACUCGUCUGGCAAUCCCAUUAUAUGUCUUUGGCUGUCCUCACAAUUUCAUGCGUAUAAAGCCUGACAAGAAUUGGUGCAUUUGCUUGGGAGUUUUUAUGGCGUUGCAGGCGGCAAUUCUUCUUCUGCAGCACUAUCUUGGAUCUCGUUGGUUCAUUCCACGUCAGAUUUUACCCGAGAAGUAUAACUAUUACAGAAGGUUUGAUCAAGGUGCCAAUAGUGCCGCUGAUUGUGUUAUUUGUAUGGCUGCUAUUGAUCUUACUCUACGUUCAAAUAAUUGCAUGGUGACACCUUGUGAUCAUUUCUUUCAUUCCGGUUGUUUGCAAAGAUGGAUGGACAUAAAGAUGGAGUGUCCAACAUGUCGACGUCCUCUUCCACCAGCCUGAAUAGAUGUUAUUUCUUGAAUUUAUAUUGAUAUAGCGCAACUGACAUUGCUCAACCUGUUUAAAAAGGUUGGCCGACUGAGAGCAUACUUAAGAAGUCUUCACUAAGUAUUGAAAAGCUAACAGAUUCACCAGAUUGCUGUGCAGAUGGCCUGUAAUGUACAUUAGUAAUAUAAUAUCUUGUUCAAGUGAUAACUGUCUAUUCUUUUCUUGUAUUACACCAUAAACAGAUUUCUUUGAGAAAUACAUUCACUUGAGUCCAGAGCAAACUAUGUGGGAAAAUGUGUAGUUAUUUCCAAAUUGUGAAUUCUAGACAGGAAGUUGGUAUCUUUGGCUUGGGAGCCCUAAGAUCAGUGUCCUAUCUUCAAGAUGUAAAUUACAGGUACAUAGCAAAUAUGUUUGUUUUUCAAGGACAAGUAAUGUGUAUAUCAAUGUAGAAUUUUUGCAAUCGAAAUAAAACACAUGCUCCACCGCUUCUGCGA